AUGUCAAUUGAUCCGGAAACUCGAAGAAAAUUAUUGAAUUUACAAAAGACUGGUGAAAAUAAAAGAUGUUUUGAUUGUUCGGCACCAAAUCCUCAAUGGGCAUCACCGAAAUUCGGUAUAUUUAUCUGUUUAGAAUGUGCUGGUAUACAUAGAGGUUUGGGGGUUCAUAUAUCGUUUGUACGAUCAAUUACAAUGGAUCAGUUUAAACCUGAAGAAACUUUGAGAAUGGAAAUUGGUGGGAAUGAAAGAUUGAAGAAAUAUUUUGUGGAAAAUGGUAUUGAUUUAACUUUACCUGCUAAAUUAAAAUAUGACAACUAUGUUGCUGAAGAUUAUAAAGAGAUUUUAACAUGUGAAGUUGAAGGUAAAGAGUUUGUGCCAAAAGAUCAUUCCGGUGAAACCUUGCCUGAUAAAAAUAGUGAGGCAAACUCGAUAAAAUCGAGUUCUUCAUCUUUAAAUAAUAAAAAUUCAUCUUCAUCAGCGUCAAAUACCAGAUCUGGAUUAAACCAAAAUGGUUCAAGUCAUGACCAAAGACAGAAGAAUGAAGCAUAUUUUGCUAAUUUGGGAGCCAAAAAUGAGUCAAGACCAGAUGAUUUACCUCCGAAUCAAGGUGGUAAAUACAGUGGAUUUGGUAAUACCCCACAAUCAAAUUCAUCAAAUAAUACUAAUUCAUCAUUAUCAGGUUUCACAGUUGAUAAUUUUCAAAAAGAUCCUUUGGGAACUUUCACAAAAGGUUGGGGAUUAUUUUCAUCAUCAGUUGCCAAAUCGGUCCAAGAAGUUAAUAACAGCGUUAUAAAACCAGGUUUAAAUACAUUUAAUGAAAGUGAAUUUGGUAAUGAAGCUAAAAAGGCAAUGGCCCAAUUUGGACAAAAGAUGCAAGAAACUGGUAAAUAUGGGCAAGAAACUUUUCAGAACUUUACAAAAGAAAUUAAUGAAAAUGGAUUGAAUAAAACCAUUGAUCAUAGAUUUAAUGGUUUAUGGGGUAAAAAUGAAAACGGUGAUGUUCCUACUGCUUUUGGAUAUAAGAAGAAUGACAGUGGUGUGAAAUAUGAAAGUUUAUCCGGUGGACCAAAGCAUGAUGAUGAAGAGAAAUGGGAUGAUUUUUGA